GUUGAAUAUCUCUACAUAGAAAAUUUGACUUUGUCAGUUUUCUUGUACUCUGAAAGUUCUUGGAAGUGCCAACAUACUCGGAAUCUAUUGCGUACCUUCUUUUGUCGCGACUUGACUGUCGUGCUUCUCCGCUUGAGUUUUCCUUCUCGGAAGCCUUUUGUGGAAACAGUGUUGAAUAACUCUGAGCAUAAACUGCCAGUGUACCAGCGUUUGAGGAUCUUACAUUGUUUGCCUACUGUUCGUGGUUUUCUCCUCGAAAUAUUGGCCUCUGUUUGAAGACUUCAACGCAAAAGAUUCCGGCCUUUAUCGAUAUCUCAUCGAUCGAGUACAAAUCGGGUUGAUAUUCGACCGCGCGAAGCUGAUCAAUCCCUUGCUCCUGCAGUCUCUCCCAGCUCCAUCGGAGAACAGCUUUUGAAGGGUAUUCUACAGAAAAGCCUGUUCUGGUCUUCGUUGCUAAUUUUCUUGUUCUGGUGAGUCCAAAUCUGGGCACACGAAUCACUCCGGGUUCUAUCUGAUUGCUGCUUACGUUGUCUGCAUUGUAGCCUACCGUACCCCGGUUCACGUUCCUAUUAUCUGUUAAAGUUUUUCAUCUUUCGUUAUGGUAAAGAUAACCAGUUCCAAGUCUCCCUCGGACCCAUUAACCGAUUCGUCAGCUGUUUGUGGUAAAGCGAGUUGCUCAAAACCAGUUACUGGUUCUUCUGGGGGCAUGCAAUGUGACCUCUGCAGUUCUUGGUUCCAUGAGGCUUGCACUGGGUUGGAUAGACAGCAGUAUACCCUCCUACAAAACAGCGAUAAUUUGCCUUAUAAUUGCCCUGGUUGUGUGGGGCACAAAGCAUAUCGUCUAGUCCCAAAUGACGAAUUUGAAACUCUGGUAAAUAGAGUUGGUACCCUUCUAUCUUUGUUUAGUUCUUUAGAGGGGAAGGUUGAUCAAAUCGUCGUAAGCCUUGAACGUGCAGGCCUCAGAACAAGCGUGCGUUCAGACGAUUGCAUAAAUAGUACGGUUUCGAAGGAUCCACCAACUCUUGAGGCGGUGCCUGAAGAUGAUAAACAUACUGACGUUAUAUUGAACUCAGUUGUUAGUGGGGAAGUUGUACAAACCAGUGUAUCUGCGAAGGCAAAGCGGCGCAAGAUAAAGAAAUCUAUCAGUACAACGAAACCCAAGCUAAGAGAGGUAACGGUGGGCUCUGUCGAUACUCCGUCCCCGGAAACGAAGGCCGAAAACCCUUCCACCUCAUUGCCGAAAUCCUUCUCCUGUGCACCUGCUGUUCCUACUAAGGAGGAUAUGAACUCAAGCACUGCGCCGGCCACUGCUACUGUGACGCGUGCCGUAAACACCCCUCGUCGUAGUGACGCAUUUACGGACAGCAGCGUUAUCUUCAGGAAUAUCUCGGAGUCCUCUGCGACUCUUCCGAAAGAUCGCAUGCUUGACGACCUUCAUUGGUUCAAACUUUGCGUUUCUAAACUACUUCCACCCGGGUUUCCUGGGGUUACUGUUAGAAAACUUACUAGGCUUGGAAACAUAUCGG